AUGUCGGGAUCUGAGACAGGAGUGAUGACGAGUAGAGAGCCGUUCAGCGUCGGUGGUCUGCAGAAGAGUCCGCUGCAGUCACAGGCCGCCAUACAGAACAUGCGCUUGAACUUCAGUCCUGACGGCUCUGCUGCUGCUCUCUACAAGCCUGUCCCCGCCGCCUCCUCACCCACUUACCAGUCCUCGGCCGCCGCCUCUGCCGCUGCCGGCGGUUCUGCUCAUGUUCCGGUACAGGCCGGCGAGGGUUCACCAGGUGCUGCUGUUAUGGCCCCUGCUCCUGCUGCUGCUGGGCUUAACAUGAACAUGGGUAGUGAGCCAAUGAAGAGGAAGAGAGGGAGGCCCAGGAAGUAUGGGCCAGAUGGCACCAUGGCACUGGCUCUCUCACCUUCAGCUGCGUCUGUGACCGUAACCCAGUCCAGUGGUGGAGCCUUUUCUCCUCCUCCUCCUCAUCCUCCUCCUCCAUCUGUAGGUUCUGCUUCACCCACUUCCAUCAAGAAAGCCAGAGGCAGACCACCUGGUUCUACCAAGAAGCAACAAUUGGAUGCUUUGGGAUCUGCGGGGUUUGGAUUUUCGCCACAUGUUAUCACUGUAAAAGCUGGAGAGGAUGUAUCGGCAAAAAUAAUGUCAUUUUCUCAGAAUGGUCCUAGGGCUGUUUGCAUCUUGUCUGCAAAUGGAGCCAUUUCUAAUGUGACUCUUCGCCAACCGGCCACGUCUGGUGGAACUGUAACAUAUGAGGGGAGGUUUGAAAUUCUAACACUUUCUGGCUCAUUUCUUCUAUCUGAAAGUAGUGGCCAGCGGAGUAGAACUGGGGGCUUAAGUGUGUCAUUAUCUGGCCCAGAUGGUCGAGUUUUAGGUGGUGGUGUGGCAGGUCUUCUGACAGCUGCCUCCCCUGUUCAGGUAGUAGUGGGGAGCUUUGUUGCAGAUGGUCGGAAAGAAUCAAAGACAGCAAACCAAUUGGAGCCUGUAGCACCGAAACUUGCACCGAGUAGUGGGCCAACAGGGGCCAGUAGCCCCCAGUCACGCGGAACGCUCAGUGAAUCUUCAGGCGGACCUGGAAGUCCGCUUAACCAGAGUACAGGAGGCUGCAAUAACAGUAACCCGCAAGGCAUGUCAAGCAUGCCAUGGAAGUGA